UUGGACAACCAGUGUAUUUCUUUCUAUUUUAAUUAGCUAGCUCCAUAGCUAAACAAAGACCUGCUACAUUAUCACUGAGGAAAUUAGGUUUUGUUAAUUCCGAGCAACCUUUCCGCAUGAAGCUGUCUAUCAAAUAUGGGGGAUGUCAGUGAGGCAUGUUUGCUGGAUUAUAUUUAUUGCUCAGGAGGAAAAGUUACAAAUACAGACUUGUUAAAAACGUAUAAACCUUAUAUAAGCCAUAGCGAUUUGCAUCUUCGUGCCAAAUACAGAGAGGAGUUCAAACGCAUCAUCGACACUAUUGCUGUGUGUAAAUCUGAGAAUGGAGAGAAAUACCUUGUCCUCAAAAAGAAGUAUAAACAGCUGAUGCAGGAGCGUGAGUCUAAGAGUGGAGCUGAGGCUGAGGCAGAGGCAGGGAGGCAGUGUGAUCUCACAGAGCUCCGGAGCUGGGCGCCAGCACGACAGCCAAGCCCGACUUCGAUGGAUGUCGAGCAAAGUAGGAAACCAGCGCUGGUGGCCUGGUGUGAAGCACCUGCUAUUACAGUCUCUGAAGCCCAAGUGGAAGAGCCUAUAGAAGAUGUGAGAGCAGAGAGACAGUUGACAGAGCCUGCAGACACAGAGGAGGAGCUGGACAAAGUCUCAGAGUCAAAGUCAGAAUCAGAGCAAGAGGAGGAAUGUACUGGCAGUGUUGGCUCUGCUGUUGUGGCACUGGACCCUAUUGAGAAGGAGUGGAUGUAUUCAGCAGCAUGCGGCAGACUGCCUCACCUCACCCAGCUGCUCAAGCAGGACGCCUCGCUGGCCAACAAAAAAGAGUGUGUUUCUAUAACUGCUCUGCACUGGGCUGCUAAACACGGAAAGCAGGACAUGGCUGUCGCCAUGGCUGACGCUGGAGCCGACGUGAAUACCAAGGCUCAUCAGGACUCUGAAAAGAGCAAUUGCACUGAAUUACCAGGCAAUUACCAUGCUGUCGUUAGGGUUUGUUGCUGUAACCUCAGUUCAUUUGUGUCCUCUCGGUUAUGCUGUCUUUCGCUUUUCUCCCAUCUCCCCUUGGCUCCUACUCUGGCUCGGGUGUGUGCAUGCUCGGAUGGAUUUGUGGCAUGGGACGCACAGGGAGGAUACACACCUUUACACAUUGCUGCGCUUCAUGGUCACCGCCAUAUAAUUGAUCUUUUGAUCACCACCUAUGGAGCCAAAGAAAACCUGAGAGACUACAGUGGUCACCUGGCAUCCCAUUACCUGAACAUACAGAAGACGGUGGAGGAGCCCAGUGAUCUGAUUUCAGAGUACCACAGCCCAGCCCAAGUGAGCGAGAGGCGCAACAGGAAGCUCAGUUCACUUUUUCACUCACGGAAGAAGUGGGGAUCCGCAGAGGAGCUGGCUCCAGUGCCAGAAGAACGGACUGCCCCCCAACAGCUCACGAUCCCCGCUUUUAGACCCAGGAAGUUCUCCCGCUAGGACUGUGCUCACCGUGGCACCCCAAACUUUCCAUGGAUCAGUGUUAACAACAAUUUUCUUCACUUUCAAGGGUGUUUGUUGAUUCACCUUAUGUUUAUAUUCUUAUUUUGGUUUAUAUGGUGAGGUUUUAUUAAAAUACCCUUUUUUUUUUUUGCUCCUUUUUUGUUGUGUUGUACGAGAGGCAUUGAUUAAACACACGUUCACACCCGCUUGUUAUAUCAGGUUUGUUUAAUGAAUCUUCUGUUGCUGUCUCUUACACAAAUGCAAGCUGUGUUCUGUGGCGUCAGAUCAUGUGAGGUUGCUGAAUAUUUGUUACACGUGCCUGAUCCUUUUUCACAUACAAAAAACGCUGCCAGAGCUGCUCGCCUUUCUCCUCUUUGUUGGUUUGCCCUUGUAACUUUUUUUUUUCUGGUUUAAAAAAAACCUCAUUUGAGAUGUUUUUACAUUAUUUUUAAAAUGUUUCAUUAUUUAAAUUUUUUCUCAUAGUGGUUUUAUUGAAAAGUCUUAAAAGCAAAGGACUAACAGGGUCAUGCUGCUACCGUUCAUCUUUUCCUUUGGUCUACAGAAGCAUGUUCCACAUUGGUUGCUUGUUAUUUGGUUAUACAUUAUUUGCCGUCUAUAAUUAAUGAAAGGUAUUAUGUGUAAUAAUUUUCAAUAAGGUGUGAGAUUGAAUUUGUCUAGAAAUGGACCUAUUUUGUAAUGAUAAUUUACUAAACAGAGGAAAUGUAACAAUAUUCAUUUGUGCCUUGAGCUGGGAGUUUUCUUUGUUUCCUUAUUUUUUGCUAUUGAUUACUCCCGUUGUAGGGGUUCAGAAAAUUGUAAUGCUGUUUUGCACAUCAUUGUUUUUGGUGUGAGGAAAAAAAAAGAACUAUAAAUGAUAUUUUAUGCUU